CUCAACAGGGCAGAAGGAUCAGAUGUCAUGUCGGGCUGCUAUGAUUAGGACUGCGGUGAGGGAAGCGGGCUGCCACUGGGGAAGGUCAAGGGGCUUUUACGCACAGUUGGUGCCGUCUUGUUGACCACGGACUGCGGGUAUUUAUCUGUAACUUUGUUGUGUGGUUCCCGAAUCAGUGGCUUUCGGCUCGAAACUGGUGGAAGAAUAUGUGCAGUUGACCUCCAGGGAGUGAGCAGUGUGCUUAAAACGCGUUGGGUUGGCCAUGGCUCUGGAGAGCGCGUCGCUGCUGAAAGCAGGGCUUGUGUUGCUGCUGGCAGCUCACGUCCUGCCAUCAGUGUCCGGCUGCCACACAGGUUAUUACGAGAUGGCGAUCAACGAUUUCUGCCUAACUAAGUUCCAACUGGACAUGGCGGUGCUGGACCGAGGGCUGUGGUGCAGCUGGAAGGACACCAUGGAGAUCUACGAGGGAACUACCAACUGCACCUACCAGGUGGCCUUGAACAUGGACUGCUUCUGGCCCAAUCAGAUAGUGGACCGCUUCUUCAUGCAGAUUCACCGGAUCUACUUCCACGACUGCGCUCUGACUGGCCGGCUCCUCCACGACCCCCCAAUCAGCGUCCUGGCCCCGUUCAUCGCCGUGCCGGUGCUGAUCACCCUGCUUAUGACUGCACUAGUGGUGUGGAGGAGCAAACGCACAGAGGGGGUUUUAUAGGGGUCUUGUAAAUACAUAUGGACUUCUGAUGUGAAGUGUAGCAUGUGAUUUUUCUUCAUUUAUUAAGCUGAUGCACUUAUCAUUUUUAUCUUGCAUUGUUGGUUGCUCAUGAAGAGCAGCAGGUUGACUUUAAUAUGUAAUAAAAAGGUAUGAAAAUAGAAUUUAUCUGGAGGUCACAUCUGCAAUAUGGUAGUGUCAAGGUUUGGCAGGGGGAAUGAAUAAAGCUCUUUCAGAUUCAGGGGAUUUGGAAGCCAUGCAUGUUAAUUACCAUCUGUUCUCAUAGCCCUACACAAUCCAAGAACACGUAAAUAAAGCGUAAAGAUGAGGACA